CCUUAUCGUAAGCGUCCAAAGCUUGUUAGGCGUGCAUACGGCAUAGACGCCUUGUUCGCAAGUUUCGACCAGAGACAAUUUAUUGUGACAAACCUGUGUACGAAAAUCAAUUGAUAGAAAAAAAAAGUUUGAAUUUGAAAUUGGAACUGAAGUUGGCUCGAUGCUGGUGACAUUACUCCUGCUAGUGGGGGUCUCUUCGACCCUCGCGUUAGACAACGGGUUAGCGCUAACCCCUCCUAUGGGCUGGCUCACGUGGGAGCGGUUUAGGUGCAUCACGGACUGCAAGAAAUAUCCCAAUGAGUGCAUCAGUGAGGACCUCAUCAAGAGAACAGCAGACAUCAUGGUGAGUGAGGGCUACCUGGACGCUGGCUACGAGUACCUGGGCAUCGAUGACUGCUGGCUGGAGAAGAAACGAGGUCCUGACGGCCGCAUGGUACCAGAUAAGGAACGGUUCCCUAGUGGAAUGAAGGCUUUAGCUGAUUAUAUCCAUAGCAAAGGCUUGAAAUUCGGCAUGUACGAGGACUACGGAAACCUGACAUGUGCUGGUUACCCUGGAGUGCUGGGCAAUGAGCGGCUGGACAUUGAGACCUUCGUGGAGUGGGAGAUCGACUACCUCAAGCUUGAUGGAUGCUAUAUACAACCUGAGAAUAUGGACGCUGGGUAUCCGGCGUUUGGUCAGAUGUUGAAUGAUACUGGUCGCUCCAUACUUUACUCGUGCAGCUGGCCAGCAUAUCAGGAAGACGCUAAAAUGCUUCCAGACUACGCGUCUAUAGCUCAACAUUGUAACAUGUGGCGCAAUUGGGAUGACAUCGAGGACUCCUGGGCCUCCAUGACCAAGAUCAUGAACUGGUUCGGAGACAACCAGGACAGGCUGGCCAAACACGCAGGACCGGGCCACUGGAAUGACCCCGACAUGUUGCUAAUCGGUAACUUCGGUCUGACAAUAGACCAGGCUCGCGUGCAGAUGGCAGUAUGGUCGAUCCUGGCGGCCCCUCUCCUCAUGAGCGUGGACCUCGCCACCAUCAGACCGGAGUUCAAGGAGAUCCUACUCAACAAGGACAUUAUAGCUGUUAACCAGGAUCCUCUGGGGAAGCAGGGGUUGAGGGUUUGGAAGAAGACGGAGAGGGGGGCACGGUCUCGCCUGGAGGUAUGGCGGCGCGAGCUGCAGGGAGACGCGCUGGCACUCGCCUUCGUCAGCCAGAGGGACGACGGCAUUCCUUAUGCUGCCAACUUUACCAGUAGCGAGAUGAACGUGCAAGAUGGAUUAUAUGAAGUUCAUGAUUUGUACAAAGACGAAGGAGUCCGUCAUUGGAAUAGCGAAGAAGAUUUUGAAGUUAGGAUUAAUCCAUCAGGUGUGAAAUUCUACAAACUCAUAAGAAAGCCGUCGGCCGAUGUUGUUGUGAAAUCCAAGACUGAUAGCGAUAGUGCCAUGUCUGAAGCCGUUGUGUACACCAUGCUGAACAAGAGCUAGUUUGUAAGAAAUAUCGUUGUAACUAAGUAUCUAGUUAAGUACCUAUAAGAAUACAAAUAAAUGAGUAAGAUAA